AUGGCCCGGCUCGCGGACUACUUCGUGCUGGUGGCGUUCGGGCCGCACCCGCGCGGGAGCGGGGAAGGCCAGGGCCAGAUCCUGCAACGCUUUCCAGACAGGGAUUGGGAGGACAACCCAUUUCCCCAGGGCAUUGAGCUGUUCUGCCAGCCCAGCGGAUGGCAGCUGUGUGCCACGCGCAACCCCCCGACCUUCUUUGUUGCCGUCCUCACUGACAUCAACUCCGAGAGGCAUUACUGUGCCUGCCUGACUUUCUGGGAGCCCGUGGAGCAGGAUACCUUGUGUACUGAGGAUGCUGCAGGGAGUGAGGAGAUGGCAGAGGAGGAGGGGGGUCCCGUGCGACUGUCGCCCACAGCCUCUGGCCAGCUGUUUGCUCCAAAGACCCUGGUGCUGGUGUCCAGGCUGGACCAUGCGGAGGUGUUCAGGAACAGCCUGGGGCUUAUCUACACGGUGCACGUGGAGGGCCUGAGCGUGUCCCUGGAGAGCGUCAUUGGCAACUUGCUGACCUGCACCAUCCCCCUCACCGGGGGCUCGCAGAGAACCAUCUCUCUGGGUGCAGGUGACCGGCAGGUCAUCCAGACCCCCCUCACUGACUCGCUGCCUGUCAGCUGCUGUAGCGUGGCCCUGCUCUUCCGCCAGCUUGGCAUCACCAAUGUGCUGUCCUUGUUCUGUGCUGCACUCACUGAGCACAAGAUCCUCUUCCUGUCCCGGAGCUACCAGCGGCUUGCAGACGCCUGCCGGGGCCUUCUGGCACUUCUCUUCCCUCUCCGAUACAGCUUCACCUACGUGCCCAUCCUGCCGGCACAGCUCCUGGAGGUGCUCAGCACACCCACACCCUUCAUCAUCGGUGUGAACUCGGCCUUCCAGGCGGAGACCCAGGAGCUGCUAGAUGUCAUCAUUGCUGAUCUCGAUGGGGGAACAGUGACUGUCCCUGAGUGUGUGCACGUCCCACCACUGCCAGAGCCAUUGCAGAGUCAGACACACAGUAUUCUGAGCAUGGUCCUGGAUCCAGAGCUGGAGCUGGCUGACCUUGCCUUCCCCCCACCCGUGACACCCCUUUCCUCUCUGAAGAUGCAGGACAAGGAGCUGCGGGCGGUCUUCCUUCGGCUCUUCGCCCAGCUUCUGCAGGGUUACCGCUGGUGCCUGCACAUUGUUCGUAUCCACCCCGAGCCCGUCAUCCGCUUCCACAAGGCAGCCUUCCUGGGCCAGCGGGGGCUGGUGGAGGAUGACUUCCUGAUGAAGGUGCUGGAGGGCAUGGCCUUUGCUGGCUUUGUGUCAGAGCGGGGUGUCCCCUACCGUGCCACGGACCUAUUUGAUGAGCUGGUGGCCCACGAGGUGGCACGAAUGCGGGCAGACGAGAGCCACCCCCAGCGAGUACUGCGACACAUAAAGGAGCUGGCAGAACAGCUGUAUAAGAACGAGAACCCGUACCCCGCGGUGACCAUGCACAAGGUACAGAGGCCUGCGGAGGCCAGUCAUCUCCGACGAGCGCCACGGCCCUUCCCCCGGCUGGAUGAGGGCACCGUGCAGUGGAUUGUGGACCAGGCCAGUGCCAGGAUGCAGGGUGCCCCACCAGCUGUGCGGGUGGAGAGGAGGAGCAACGUGCCCUCAGGGCCCCUCAUGACUGCCAUCCUAGAGCGGAACAGCGGGCCCCACACCAACAGUGCCCGCCGGCUGGAGGUGGUCCGCAACUGCAUCUCCUGCGUGUUUGAGGGGAAGAUGCUGGAGGCGAAGAAGCUGCUGCCAGCUGUGCUGAGGGCUCUGAAGGGCCGUGCUGCGCGCCGCUGCCUCACACAGGAGCUGCAUCUGCAUGUGGAGCAGAACCGGGCUGUCCUUGACCACCAGCAGUUUGACUUUGUCGUCCGUAUGAUGAACUGCUGCCUGCAGGACUGUACCUCCAUGGAUGAGCAUGGGGUCGCGGCCGCCCUGCUGCCUCUAGUCACCGCCUUCUGUCGGAAGCUGAGCCCGGGAGUGACACAGUUUGCGUACAGCUGUGUGCAGGAGCACGUGGUGUGGAGCACGCCGCAGUUUUGGGAGGCCAUGUUUUACGGGGAUGUGCAGACCCACAUCCGGGCUCUCUACCUGGAGCCUGCGGAGGACCGUGCCCUGUCCCAGGAGGUGGGGGAGGCACCUGCACGGGAGGACGAGCCCUCAGCCCUGGAUGUAGCCUCGGAGCAGCGGCGUCUGUGGCCCACGCUGAGUCGGGAAAAGCAGCAGGAGCUGGUGCAGAAGGAGGAGAGCACUGUGUUCAGCCAGGCCAUCCACUAUGCCAACCGCAUGAGCUACCUGCUUCUGCCCCUGGACAGCAGUAAGAGCCGACUGCUGCGGGAGCGUGCGGGCCUGGGCGACCUGGAGAGUGCCAGCAACAGCCUGCUCACCAACAGCGUGGCGGGCAGCAUGGCGGGCAGCUACGACACAGAAAGCGGCUUUGAGGAUGCUGAGACCUCAGAUGUGGCUGGGGCUGUGGUCCGCUUCAUCAACCGCUUUGUGGACAAGGUCUGCACGGAGAGUGGGGUUACCAGCGACCACCUCAAGGGGCUGCAUGUCAUGGUGCCAGACAUUGUUCAGAUGCACAUCGAGACUCUGGAGGCUGUGCACCGAGAGAGCAAGAGGCUGCCGCCCAUCCAGAAGCCCAAGCUGUUGCGGCCACGCCUGCUGCCUGGUGAAGAAUGUGUACUGGAGGGGCUCCGUGUCUAUCUGCUGCCUGAUGGGCGUGAAGCUGGUGCGGGGGGCAGUGUGGGGGGCCCUGCGUUGCUACCAGCUGAAGGUGCUGUCUUCCUCACCACAUAUCGGGUCAUCUUCACGGGGAUGCCCACCGACCCCCUGGUGGGGGAGCAGGUGGUGGCACGUUCGUUCCCGGUGGCUGCGCUCACCAAGGAGAAGCGGAUCAGUGUCCAGAGCCACGUGGACCAGUUCCUACAGGACGGGUUGCAGCUUCGCUCCUGCACAUUCCAGCUGCUGAAGAUGGCGUUCGAUGAGGAGGUGGGGUCUGACAGCGCUGAAGUCUUUCGCAAGCAGCUGCACAAGCUACGCUAUCCCCCGGACAUCAGGGGCACCUUUGCCUUCACCGGGGGCUCUGCCCAUGCACCUGGCCGGCCGACCCGGGCCACCAAGGACAAGGGCCCUUCCCUCAGAACCCUGUCUCGGAACCUGGUGAAGAAUGCCAAGAAGACUAUGGGGAGGCAGUACGUCACCAGGAAGAAGUAUAACCCUCCCAGCUGGGAGCACCGGGGCCAGCCCCCACCUGAGGACCAGGAGGAUGAGAUCUCAGUGUCAGAUGAGCCGGAGCCCAGCACCCUGACCCCCACGUCUGCCCUGAAGCCGUCGGACCGCAUGACCAUGAGCAGCCUGGCGGAGCGGGCAUGCUGCCGUGACUACCAGCGUCUGGGCCUAGGCACGCUCAGCAGCAGCCUGAGCCGGGCCAAGUCCGAGCCCUUCCGCGUCUCCCCCGUCAACCGCAUGUAUGCCAUCUGCCGCAGCUACCCGGGGCUCCUGAUCGUGCCCCAGAGCGUGCAGGACAACGCCCUGCAGCGUGUGUCUCGCUGCUACCGUCAGAACCGCUUCCCUGUCGUGUGCUGGCGCAGCGGGCGUUCCCGGGCCGUGCUGCUGCGCUCUGGAGGCCUGCACGGCAAGGGUGUCGUUGGGCUCUUCAAGGCCCAGAACACACCAUCGCCAGGCCAGUCUCAGGCGGAUUCAAGCAGCUUGGAGCAGGAGAAGUACCUCCAGGCCGUGGUCAGCUGCAUGCCCCCCCGCUAUGCUGAUGCAUCAGGACGCAACACGCUCAGCGGCUUUUCCUCUGCCCACCUGGGCGGCCAUGCGCCCAGUCCCCGAGCCAGGGUGACCACACUGUCCAACCCCAUGGCAGCCUCGGUCUUCAGAUGGACCGCGCCCCGAGGGAAAUGGAGCAGCAUCCGGGCCAGCGGGCGCAGUGGUGGCAGUGGAGGGGUCGGCACGGACGUGGGCUCCCGGUUAGCAGGGAGAGAUGCGCUGGGCCCUCCCCAGCCCAAUGGGGCACCCCCUGACCCGGGCUUCCUACGGCCCCAGCGUGCUGCCCUUUAUAUCAUCGGGGACAAAGCACAACUGAAGGGCGUGCGGCAGGACCCUCUGCAGCAGUGGGAGCUGGUGCCCGUCGAGGUCUUUGAGGCAAGGCAGGUGAAGGCUAGCUUCAAGAAGCUGCUCAAGGCCUGUGUCCCGGGCUGUGUCGCUGCCGAGCCGGGCCCGGCCUCCUAUCUGCGCUCGCUGGAGGACUCAGAGUGGCUGAGCCAGAUCCAUAAGCUGCUGCGGGUGUCAGUGCUGGUGGUGGAGCUGCUAGACUCGGGCUCCUCGGUCCUGGUGAGCCUGGAAGACGGCUGGGACAUCACCACCCAGGUGGUGUCACUGGUACAGCUGCUCUCGGACCCCUUCUACCGCACCCUGGAGGGCUUCCGGCUGCUGGUUGAGAAGGAGUGGUUGUCCUUUGGCCAUCGCUUCAGCCACCGCGGGGCUCACACCCUGGCUGGGCAGAGCAGCGGCUUCACGCCUAUCUUCCUUCAGUUCCUGGACUGUGUCCACCAGGUUCACCUGCAGUUCCCCAUGGAGUUUGAGUUCAGCCAGUUCUACCUCAAGUUCCUCGGCUACCACCGCCUCUUGUACGAGGAGAAGGGGGAGCGGAGGGGCCCACAGACCUGCAGGUCUGUGUGGGAGUAUGUGGAUCGGCUCAGCAAGAAGAUACCUGUGUUCCACAACUACAUGUAUGCACCCGAGGACACGGAGGUGCUGCGCCCCUACAGCAAUGUGUCCAACCUGAAGGUGUGGGACUUCUACACUGAGGAGAGCCUGGCUGAGGGCCCCCCCUAUGACUGGGAGCUGGCUCAGGGCCCCCCCGAGCCCCCUGAAGAGGAGCGGCCUGAUGGUGGAGUCCCCCAGAGCAGACGCCGCGUGGUGUGGCCCUGCUACGACAGCCGUCCCCGGGCCCAGCCCGACGCCAUCUCACGCCUGCUGGAGGAGCUGCAGCGGCUGGAGACAGAGCUGGGCCGACCCCCCGAACGCUGGAAGGACACGUGGGACCGGGUGAAAGCUGCCCAGCGCCUGCAAGGCCAGCCGGAUGGGCGUGGCCCUCCUGGCUCCCUGCUGGCGUCCAGCGUGCCACACCACCGCCGCUCGCUGGGCGUGUUACUCCCCGAAGGGCCCGUGGGCUCGACCCUGAGCCUCAGCCUGGACAGUGACCAGAGCAGCGGCUCCACGGCAUCAGGCUCCCGCCAAGCAGCCCGCCGCAGCACCAGCACGCUCUACAGCCAGUUCCAGACGGCCGAGAGCGAGAACAGGUCAUACGAGGGCACCCUGUACAAGAAGGGGGCCUUCAUGAAGCCCUGGAAAGCCCGCUGGUUUGUGCUGGACAAGACCAAGCACCAGCUGCGCUACUACGACCACCGGGUGGACACACAGUGCAAGGGCAUCAUCGACCUCGCCGAGGUGGAGUCCGUUGCUCCCGGCACGCCCACCAUGGGUGCCCCCAAGACGGUGGAUGAGAAGGCCUUCUUUGAUGUGAAGACGACGCGCCGCGUUUACAACUUCUGUGCCCAGGACGUGCCCUCGGCCCAGCAGUGGGUGGAUCGCAUCCAGAGCUGCCUGUCUGAUGCCUGA